AUGCUGCGCAGUCGUUCUGCUGUAGCUUCCUCUUCAUCAUCAUCUUCAGGAAGAAAUUCAACAACAAAUGAACACGAACAACAAGAACAACAUGAAAAUACAUCACUUCGGUCGGUUGGACCAUCCGAAGACGAUUUAUCAAUGUUGGGAGUGUCUGCCUUCAGAACCGAAGACAUUGAAAAGAAUGUUAUGGAUGAAGUGAAUAAACAAAUUGAAGAAAAUCAAAAAGUAUUAGAAAAAAAGGAACACAGCAGAAUUGAUAAAUUAAAUGCAAAAAUCGAAAAGUAUGAAAAGGAAUUAAAAGAGUUGAAUAAACGAUCAUCACUUUCGAGUAGUGAUGAAAAGAAAAUAAAGAGUUUGAAGAAGAAAAUUGCAACUCUCUUGGAUAAGAAAGACGAAAUGAUCGAAGAAUUGGAAGAUAGAAGAGAAAUUAGAGAAUCAUUAAAUGUAAUUGAUAAUGAUAAUAAUGAAUCGGAAAGAGAAAGAUUAAUUAGAACAGGUAUCAUUACUCCGUUUGAUAAUAUGCCUUCUAAUGAAGCCAAUGAUAUUUUCAAUUGCCUAAACCAGAAAAUCAAGAAGGAGGACGAAGAUGAUGAAGAUUAUGUAGAUGAUGAGGAAAAUCAAGAGGAUGACGAGGAAGAAGAGGAAGAAGAGGAAGAAAAAGUACCAAUGAAAAAGGAAUUUAAAGAGGACGAUUCGAAUGAUGAAUACUAUAAAAAGAGAUUGGAGGAAUUUUAUGAAACAAGAGAAGUGACUAAAAGGUUUAUAAUCAGUGAUGAAGGCGAAGAAAUGGAAGUUACUAAAGUGAAUUAUGGACCAAGUAUACAAAUUGCAGGAUCUUACUCAAUCCCUAAAGAGAUUUAUGACAAGUUAUUUGGAUAUCAAAAGACUACUCUUAAGUGGAUGUGCGAAUUGAAUAGACAAGGAGUUGGAGGAAUACUGGGAGAUGAAAUGGGAUUGGGAAAGACUGUACAAAUUACCACUUUCCUUGCUGGACUUCACUUUAGUGGAUUAUUCGAACCUUCUAUCAUUAUUGCACCUGCAACUGUAAUGAAGCAAUGGCAAGAAGAAAUUAAUACAUGGUGGCCAGAGCUUAGAGUUGUGAUUAUGCACACAUCUCAAGGAACUAAAGCCAAUUUCGAGUCACUCAUAGAGAAGGUUUCCAGCUGCCCUAAUGGUGUUCUUAUCACAACAUAUGAAUCUUUAAGAAUUUAUCAAGACGUGCUUACUUCUAAAAAGUGGGGAUAUAUUAUCUUGGACGAGGGUCACAAGAUUAGAAAUCCUGAUGCUGCCUUAACAUUAGCAUGUAAAAGAUUUGAAACACCACACAGAAUUAUUUUGACAGGUACACCAAUUCAAAACAAUUUGAAAGAGCUUUGGUCACUAUUUGAUUUUUGUUAUCCUGGAAAGCUCGGAACUCUUCCAGUAUUUCUCACCCAAUUUUCAAUUCCUAUCACACAGGGUGGUUAUUCGAAUGCAACCAAAUUUCAAGUACAAACAGCUUACAAAUGUUCAUGUGUACUGAGAGAUUUAAUCAAGCCAUAUCUUUUAAGAAGAAUGAAGAAAGAUGUAAAGCAUCAAUUACCUGAAAAGAAGGAAAAUGUAAUUUUUUGUAAAUUGACAGACAAACAAGUUAAGAUAUAUGAUGAAUAUUUGAAGAGUAGAGAAGUUACUGGAACCCUUGAUGGAGAACAUUUACUUUUCAAAGCCAUUACUAAUCUCAGAAAAGUUUGUAAUCAUCCUGAUUUGAUAUGUACUGAGAAGAAACCUGAUGAUUUUGGUGCAGUAGAAAAGUCAGGUAAAAUGAUGGUUGUAGAAAAGCUAUUGAGUCUUUGGAAGGAACAAAAUCAUAGAGUAUUACUCUUUUCUCAAAGUAAGAAAAUGUUAGAUGUAUUUGAACCAUUUUUACAAGAACGAGACUAUACCUAUUCUAGAAUGGAUGGCGACACUCCUGUAAAGGAGAGAAGCGUACUGAUUAAUCAAUUCAAUAGUGAUGACAAAAUCUUUGUGUUUUUACUAACAACAAAGGUAGGAGGAUUGGGUGUGAAUUUAAUUGGUGCAAAUAGAAUUAUUUUAUUCGAUCCUGACUGGAAUCCAUCCACAGAUCUUCAAGCUCUCGAAAGAGCAUGGAGAUUGGGUCAAACUAAACAAGUUACUGUUUACAGAUUGAUGACAAGUGGUACUAUUGAAGAGAAGAUGUAUCAUAGACAAAUUUUCAAACAAUUUCUUUCGAAUAAGGUUCUCAAGGAUCCUAGACAAAAGAGAUUUUUCAAGUCCAAUGAUCUUUAUGAGUUAUUUACUCUUGGUAAAGAAUAUGACUCUGUGAGAAGAAAGAAUGGCAACAAAUCUAUUCCUUAUGACGAUGAUGAAGAGAAUACAGAGACUGGUAAUUUGUUCUCGAAUAGUGAAAUUUUAAGGCAAGACAUGCCAACAAUUAAGAAGAAGAAGAAAGAUGUGGAAUAUCGUGUAGAAAAAUUCAAGGGCUCAGAAGAUGACUCAAAAAAGGAUGAGACUUAUAUUUUGCAAUGCUUAUUUGACGAAAAGUCUGUUAAAAGUAUUUUCAAUCAUGACUCUGUUGUGAAUACUACCAGUUCUGAAACAUCAAUUUUGGAAAAACAAGCAAAACAAAUAGCUGAAAUUGCUGUUAAGGAAUUAAAAAAAUCAGGAGAAUUAAGAAAAAGCAUGCCUUUAUCUGUACCAACUUUCACAGGACAAAAUGGAUUAGGAGGGCUCAGGGUAUCUGCUUUGGGAAGUAGUAGUGGUACCAAUCCAAAAGGUGGAUUAGCAUCGUCUGUACUUUUGGCAAACAUUAGAAAGAAACAAGAUAUUAUGAGCGAUCAACCUAGAUCUGUAAAUAAUGUAAAUGAUUUGGCUGAUGAACUCAAACCAGUUUACAAAAGUUCAAACAAAAUGGUGGAUAACAUUGUUUCCUUUUUCCAAAAACGUGGAAAAGCCACAACUGAUGAAGUAAGAAAGCAUUUUAGUUAUAUUACAGGAGAUGAUGUCAUUUACUUUAAAGAACUUUUACAAAAGAUUGCAAGAUUCAGUAAAUCCAAGAAAAUUUGGACUUUGCGAGAAAAUAAAGAAUAAAAAAUUUGCACUCACUUGAUUAUU